UCGCCCGUGACACCGAGACAACAGCUGCGGGAGCUGUGCGAGCGGCCGAGCGGCGCCGGGAGCCCGAGCCGAGGGAGCGUGGGGCGGUGGCGGCCUGCGAUUGUAAGAUGGGGACUGAGAACAAGGAGCUGAUUCCCAAGGAAGAAAUUUCUGAAGAAUCUGAGCUACAUGGGUCAAUAUUAGAAAAACUUCCAAAAGUGGUUUACCAAGAUCACAAUGUUAGAGCAGCAUGUGAAGAAGACAUAUUGGAGGGACAUUCGAGAGAGUCCACAGAAGAUUUUAUAGAACAGAUAUCUCCUCAGGAGAGAGACUUUGCAUCAGGGUUGAUUAUCUUUAAGAAAUCACCCUCAAGUGAGGAAGACCAGGAGAAUAAAGAGAGAGAGAGAGGCUGUAGCCCCUGCCUAAAUCUGAUCAUACAACAGGGGGAUACCAUAGCAGAGGGAGUUAGUACAUUUGCUACCUCUGGCCAAAACUUCAUAGAGAAUUUAGAACCUAACAAAACACAGAGAAGUUCUGUGGAAGAAAAGCCUCACAUAUGUAAAGAAUGUGGGAAAGCCUUUAAUCAGAACUCACAUCUCAUCCAGCAUAUGAGAGUUCAUAGUGGAGAAAAACCCUUUGAAUGCAAAGAAUGUGGAAAGACAUUUGGAACUAAUUCAAGCCUUCGAAGGCACUUGAGAAUCCAUGCUGGAGAGAAACCCUUUGCUUGUAGUGAAUGUGGAAAGGCCUUUAUUCAGAGUUCACAUCUUAUCCAUCAUUAUAGAAUUCAUACUGGAGAGAGACCCUAUAAAUGUGAAGAAUGUGGUAAAGGCUUCAGUCAGAAUUCAGCCCUUAUUCUACACCAGAGAAUCCAUACUGGUGAGAAACCUUAUGAAUGCAACGAAUGUGGGAAGACUUUUAGGGUUAGCUCACAGCUUAUUCAGCAUCAGAGAAUUCAUACUGAAGAAAGAUAUCAUGAAUGCAGUGAGUGUGGCAAAGCCUUCAAGCACAGCUCAGGCCUUAUUAGACACCAGAAAAUUCAUACUGGAGAAAAACCUUAUCUGUGUAAUGAGUGUGGGAAGGGCUUUGGUCAGAGUUCUGAGCUUAUCCGGCAUCAAAGAAUUCAUACAGGGGACAAGCCCUAUGAAUGUAAUGAAUGUGGGAAAACUUUUGGCCAGAACUCAGAAAUUAUUAGACAUAUUAGAAUUCAUACUGGUGAGAAGCCCUAUGUAUGUAAGGAAUGUGGGAAGGCCUUCAGGGGGAACUCAGAACUUCUUAGACAUGAGAGAAUUCACACUGGAGAGAAACCCUAUGAAUGCUUCGAGUGUGGAAAGGCUUUCAGGCGGACCUCUCAUCUUAUUGUCCACCAGAGAAUUCAUACAGGAGAAAAACCCCAUCAAUGUAAUGAGUGUGCAAGAACCUUCUGGGAUAACUCUGAGCUGCUUCGCCACCAGAAAAUUCAUAUUGGAGAGAAACCUUAUGAAUGUAAUGAGUGUGAAAAAACAUUCAGCCAGCAUUCCCAACUUAUCAUACAUCAGAGAAUUCACACUGGAGAGAAGCCUUACGAGUGCCAAGAAUGUCAGAAGACCUUUAGUCGGAGCUCUCACCUCCUCCGACAUCAAAGUGUUCACUGCAUGGAGUGAUCCGCAGAAUAGGAAGGCUUUUUGUGGAAAGUCUGAAAUCAGACUUACUAAUUUGUUCAUAAUCUGUCCCCCAAGUUCUUAGAUCAAAUGAAUGGACAGAACCUCCUCUGUCCUUCUACUGAUUUUUAUUUAAACAGUUGGUCGAAAAGGAGGCACUUUAAUGAAUUAUUUGUUGAGAAGUUUCAA